AUAGAAGUGACCGCGGAAUAAGUUUUUCGAAAAUGAACGUAAGACAUAUACAAAAGCUAUAUAUUGCAUUUGAGCAGAUGUCAUAAUGAAAUGUACAGAUCUUAUGCUGAAUAAUUUUGGUCUAUAAAGGUCCCUCUAAAAAUUUGCAAAAAAUGUUUUAGAAUGGGUGUUGUCAUUGAAAUAAUAGGUGGUCAAUAAAAAUACAUAUUACGUCCCUUUUUAAAUCAACAUGCUAUUGUCCAACAACAAAUAGGGAAUAAUUUGCACAAAUUUAUCAAUUAAGGCUUCCGAGAUUCGCAGAAACAUACAAUGGCGUAUCAUAUAAACCAAUUUAGGAGGGUAACAUCGGAUGGAUUAUUGUCGUUCUACAUUGCAAUUACAAUCGCCCUCGCAUUGGUGGCAACUGUCAACGCUGAGGAGUGCGGCCAAGAGGAAUUCACAAAAUGUGCGGAACCGCUGGAGAUGUUGCAUUUAACAUCAGAAUUUUCAAUUGGUGCUGCCAAGAAAGAAGAACUGGAUAAACUUUGUCAUGAAUUGCGAAAGGGUGUUCGAUGCAUACAAAGCUAUACGAGACGCUGCAUGGAUUUGCAACAGCGAAAUCAGUUUAAUAAAUUAUAUCAUGGCACUAAUCAAUUCAUAAGGGAUUUAUGUAACAAAGGAGAAUUUCAAGAUGAAUACCUGAAGCACGCUCCUUGCUCCGAAAUGGCAAAAAGAGAAUUCGAAGUGUGUGCCAACCGUUAUAAGGAAACAAUGGUAUUUUUAAAGCCGAAUAAAAAUCAGGAAAGCCAGGAGAACAUCACCAUCAAUGAAAACAUUAAAACGAUAUGUUGCUCCAUUAAUGAACUUGUCGAUUGUUCCGAAAAUGCUGCACGAAAAAUAUGUGGUGCCGAUGCGGCAAAAUUUACACGCGAGUUAGUCGAUAAAUACGCCAAUAGCUUAACAAAGAUUUACUGCGAAGAUUUCACACGACAUCCCGAAAUUUGUCGCAAUGGUGAUGGCGAUGCCGGUAUUGCCUUACAUAGUCCUUGGCAACUUAUUUUUACUCUAACAGUGGCACUGUUCGUUUUGGUGGGCUAUCAACAAACCACACUAACAAGAUAGACGACACAUUAGUUGUCAGUAUUGUUGCAAAAACACAAACUUGCAGAACGUUGUUGGAAGUGCGAUGAGGUCAAAGAUAUUGCGUUGGUUGAAAUAUCUUAAUGAUGUAUGAAUAUUUGUUUUUUGAAAAUGAUAUGUGGCAACGGAAAUAGUAAUACGAUUGUUUUUUCAUUGAUGACUGGCUUUACUUUGUUCGAUCAACGAAUAAUGUAAUUUAUUGACUUUAAAUAUCUCCCUCCUACACAAUUAUUCUAACCAGUCAAUUUAAAUGCAAUUCCAAAAUUCCUUAAACACUUGUGACGAAGAAAAGCACCAACCAAACUACCAAUCAGCCAACACCCACAAGACAAAUUAUUGUGCCAGCAAAUACAUAUUCCAAUAAUAUGUUUUGCUUAACAUACUAAAUAUGAGCAAUUACUAAUUUAAUUAUAUUUUUAAUUAUUUUUUUAGAAUAAAAUAUAAACCUAAAUAAGAAUGUAUGUACAUAUGUAUGUAAAUUAGUUCAACAUAUGUGUGUAUUUAAUUAUAUUCCUUAACUCCUUGACAGAGAUUAGUGAGCCUAUCAACCUUCAAAGUUUUCGAAUUUCUUUAAAAUACAUAUUUGCUUUAAUUAAUAA